AUGUCAUUAGGACAGAGGGUUUUAAUGACUUGGCUCUUUACCUUGCUCUUCUUAAUUGUGUUGGUCCUGAAAUUGGAUGAUCAAACGCCUUGGAACUGGAUCCUCAUAUUCAUGCCGCUCUGGAUUUUUGAUACCAUUCUAUUAAUGAUGUUGAUCGUAAAGAUUAUAAGGAGAUGCAAAUCGGGCUAUGACAGGAACAGUAAUAAUCUCAAGAAAGAUGUCUGGUAUUUCUGCGCCAUGCUGUUUAAACUAAGUUUUCUGUUGGCACUGAGCGCCAGACUGGAACAUUUCUCACAAAUGAAACUCACUUUCGUUUUUAUACCACUUUGGCUCUUGCUCAUCGGAGCAGUUGGUGAUUUAGUGUAUAAUAUGUAUUCUAUGAGACAAGAUUAA